GAUCAUGUCCUGUUAAUUGAGCCGACCUCCAAAGUUAUUAAAUGUAGCCUCUCCCAUACCAGUGUACUCUGCCAUUGUUGUAAGAGAAGCUGCUACAGAGUGUGACAGUGGAUAAAUAGUGCUGAUAGAACUCCUGGCUGGACAUACGGACAGUCCCUGUGUGGAUUACUAUGGAAUUAAUAUUGUUACUUGCACUAUCUCUACCAAUGAUCUCAUUUUCUUGUGAUGUUGAACAAACGUCUAUUAUGGAAACUGGAAUUGCUUGCAGGAUCACUAAGCCAGCAGCUGUAUUAUUAAAUCAGCAGACAGCUGAGGUAAUCCAGGCUGCUUUCAGACAAGCAUCUUUUCCUGCAGUCAAAGCAGAGAAAUCUUUGAAGAUCCUAGGAAAAGUCUCAUAUAGUUUGGACAAUUUACAGAUCAAUGGCUUGUCUAUUGGAAAAAGUGAAGUUGAAUUGAAAGAAGAUGAUGUUAUUGAGAUUUCAAUCCAGAAUGUGAGCGUUUCUUUUAAUGGUACCUUGAGUUAUGGGUACGGUUCAUGGCUUAUGAACAUCGGUCAUUCCAUAGAUUUUGAAAUCAAAUCUGAAACAGACCUUCUGGUUAACAACAAGUUAAUUUGCAGCGAUGGAUUUGUGACCUCUGAUACCUCUGACUGCUAUCUCAGUUUUCAUAAGCUGGUCUUACAUCUCCAAGGAGAUAGGGAGCCUGGAUGGUUGAAACAGUUGUUUACAGAUUUCAUCACUUUCACUCUUAAAUUUGCCAUCAAGAGGCAGAUAUGUAAAGAAAUUAAUUAUGUUGCAAACCUACUUGCAGCUUUUAUUCAGGAAAGAGCAGAAAAGUUUCUAGAGUACGACAACAUUGGGAUGGAUAUUUCGAUAACUGCUCCACCCGUUAUGAAAUCAGACUACAUAGAGUCACUGCACAAGGGGAGUCUUCGGUACAAGAAUUACCAGCCUUUCUUCAACCAGUCCACCUUUAUGCCCUCUAUGCUAGCUACCUCAAAAAUGUUAUAUUUCUGGAUAUCAGAGCAUGUGAUCAGUAACCUUGCAUUAGCAGCUCACAUGGAAAAGCUCUUGGUGACCAAUAUUUCUGGAAAUGAGUUAAAGGAAAUAUUUCUAAAUGCCAGAAAUGAAAUCCCUCCAAAGUUUCUGAAUGAGCUUUUGCCAGGAAUUUCUUUACAAGAUACAGUGGUAAAGACGUGGAGUGUCAGCCCACCAACAGUUUCUUUCAGGCCAGAAGGCACAGUGGUGGUAGCUUAUGCAGCAGUGGAGAUAAACGCACUGAACAACCACGAAGACUCAGGACGUGUCUAUUUUGAAAUGGAUGUUAACACUACAGUUCUAGCAUCGUACUCCGAAAAGAAUCUGCAUCUCCAAGCCACUUCAAAAUCGAUAUGGAUCAAAGAUAUCAAAUACCCAUCAGAUAUUACAUUGGAUGAAGCAUCACUUCGGAAUCACUUGGAGAAAAUCAUCUCAGUAGUUGGCAUACCAAAAAUUGUUUCAGAGAUGGGAUCAAUCAUGACUGCAGUUAUGGACAGAAGCGGACUACAACUGUUUGAUAUUAUUAACCCUGAGAUUAUAACACAUGAGGGUUAUGUCAUUGUCCGGCUUGAUUUUGGUUUCCCACAUCAUUUGUUAACUGAUUUCCUAAAGAAAACAUUGAACCAGCAGUGACAUAAAACAUCAACACUUUCUCAGGAAAACAGGAAAAAUACACUUGCAUUAGGAAUUUAGUUUGUGUGAUCAUACAAAAAUGUCAGAACCCAUAAUUUGUAAUGUUUUUGCUUUUUAUUGUAUAAAAUAAACAAUGUUCUGUAAACUACAAAUAUUCAAUAUAUGUUAUUUAUGGAAUGUAAACUUUAUGUGUGCCAUAGUAAAAUGCUAUAAUUUGGUAAAAAGAUUGCUUAGAAAUACAAAUCUUGGUGCUAUAGCCACUUGUUAUGAACUCUAAGGUCUAUAAAAGAAUGUUUCUUGAUGGGUGAUUAAUAAUUUAAAACAGUACUGGAUCUAAACACUUCACUUCUGUAUAUUAUCAUGUUAAAUGUUAUCCAGUGGAAGUAUGUAGAUACACAAAUAGCCCUCUAGGCAUUAAAGAAUAUUUGUAAGACACACCAGUGUCGUUACCUCCCAGUGAACUACGUUUGAAACUCAAACUAUUUUCAGUCAUGGUAAUAAUAUUUAUGUAGUACAUGCAGUGCAGCAAAUUACACUCUGUAGUCAGGAAAAAAGUAACUGUCAAAUACCUCUGACAUAAGAAAAGUGCUUAAAGAUUUGUUAAGCACCUCUCACCAUUGCUAACUUCUCUUUCUGAAUAACAAUGGCAACUAUUUGCUACCAGAGAACUUUACUGAAAUGAUAAAGCAGAAUGCUGUCUCACCCACAAGAAAACAAAAGUGUGGCAGAACAAGGUCUCUAACAGCAUUUAAUGUCCCAUUCAUUCCUCAGAGGGACACUUCACUUCUGCCCUCUGUCUGUGUGGAUGCAUUAAGUUUUUCUAUGGGUUCGAAUCUACAAGACAUUUUCUGCCCCUACACUUUUUUUUUCUGUAGCUGGUAGUACAUAGAGCAGAUAAAGUCUAUGCACUACAAAGAGCUACGAUCCUGUUCUUUUUCAUUACAACCCAGUUUUACUACAUGGAAUACUGUAAUUACAUACCAAAUUUGAGGAAAAAGAACAUUCUGACAUAAGAAAGGUGCUUAACAUUUUGAUAAGCACCUCUCAGUGAUAUUAAGCUGUAGACUAAUGCUACAGCAUGCCAGUGCUGGCCACCACAGAACAGCAAAAUGAUUAAAAAAACUUUAAAAGUUGUUCCACACUUUUUUGUGAAACAGCAAAGUGUAUAAGAGUAAAAUGUCUAAGAUCUUUUAAAGCUGUUCGUUCGUCAUAGGGGCACUUUGCUUCCACCUUCUGUCUGUGUGGAAGUGCUAAGUGUUCUACAGCUUUCAACACAGUAACCACUUUGCAUUCCUACACUUUUCCUAUAACUGCUAGUAUAUCAGAAGAGCUAAAGCUUCAUGUACUAUAAAGAAUUAUGAUUGGUUCUCUCUAAUCAUAACUCAUUUG